AUGCCCAUUUUUGAUUGUGCUUGUGAUCUCAGGAUCAUGUCUGAAGAACAUGGAUAUCAAAGGAGUGGGAAAAAGUGCAGGGAGAAGUUUGAGAAUUUGUACAAAUAUUACAAGAAGACAAAAGAUGGUAAGGCAGGAAGGCAUGAUGGGAAGCAUUACAGAUUCUUUCGUCAACUUGAAGCCUUAUAUGGAGAAAACAGUAGCACAGUUUCAGUCCCAGAAACCAAUGUGGUUGGCAGCAUUCAUUUUCAAGCAAGCAACCAUGUCCCCUCCCAGACAAAUCAAGAUAUGUUUCAGUCUCACAAUAACAAGCAUUGUGAUAGCCUCAGCCUCACCAACUCCACUAACUUUGAUACAACAUCAUCUGAUGAUGACAAUGACCAGCAUAGCAUGGAGAAUGAGUCCAUGGAGAAGAGGAGAAAAAGGAAGAGUGGGAGGAGUUGGAAGGUGAAGAUAAAAGACUUUAUUGACUCACAGAUGAGGAAGCUGGUGGAGAAGCAGAAGGAAUGGUUGGAUAAAUUGGUGAAGACACUGGAAGAGAAGGAGAAGGAGAGGAUGUUAAGAGAGGAAGAAUGGAGGAAACAAGAGGCAAACAGGUUAGAGAGGGAGCAAAAGUUUUGGGCUAAAGAGAGAGCAUGGAUUGAAGCCAGGGAUGCUGCUCUAAUGGAAGCUUUACAAAAGCUAACUGGAAGAGAAAUAAUGAAGGCUGAAACUCCUAAUGAUGGUAUAAAUGUAACGGUUGUUGAAGUUCAAAACCAUAGUGAAAACCAGAAUAAUGAAGAUGAGAGUGAAAUCUUAAACAGCAGCAAUGUUAUCAGAGGUGCUGAUAGGUGGCCAGAAUCUGAAAUUACAAGGCUUCAACAGUUGAGAGCUGAGACGGAGACAAGGUUUCCAUAUAGUGAAAUUUCAGAAGAGGUUUCGUGGGAGGUAGUAGCAACCAAAAUGGCUUGUUUUGGCUACGAAAGGAGUGCUUUGAUGUGCAAAGAAAAAUGGGAAAGUAUCAGUAACUAUUCAAGAGAGGGUGACAAGGAAGGGAGCAAGAAGCGCAAGGAAAACUCUAGAAGCUGCUUUUACUUCAAGAACAAUGAUGAUCACCAACAAUCUUCCUUAUACGACCAAGGAAGUGCCUAUUGUGAUGAUAUCAGUGAUCAAGGGAAAGAGAUUGAGAGGCUACAAACAAAUAAUGGUUCUUCACCUUCAAAAACCAAUGCUGGAAAUGUUGCUCCCUCUGAUAGUUGCUUCCCCUUCUUGAUGAAUACUGACGGAAACUUGUGGGAGAACUAUGGCCUAAAGCUCAAUAAAGAAAACCAAAACCACUGA